ACGCAUGCGCAGUACGUCUGGAGAGAGACUCCCGGAGAGGCAAAAGCGUCGUUAGUGUCUCUGCGGCGAGGGAAGCCCGGAAGCCGCUCUAGGCUGUCCCUCUCGCUUCCCCUCUCCAACGGAAGUCCAUGCGCUCUCCAACGGCCCUGACUCAUUUGCCCCGGAAGUUCACUCCCACGGCGCAGCCCCACCCUCCAUUUGCCCCGGAAGUUUAUAUCGGCACCCGGAAGUGGCGGCCGGAGCGUCUGGAAGGAAGGAGGCCGAGGCGGAGGAGGAUGUCGGAGUACGAGGCCGUCCAGCGGGGACCUCUGCGCCUGAAGGGCGGCGUCGGGGUGUCCCCCGCAGGGAAGCGGUGAGGGGGAGAGCGAGACGCCCCCGGAGGCCUCCUAGAAGGGAACUUCCGGUCGCGCGGGAGGGACUUCCUGCUGCUUUUGGAUGAGCGGGCUAUAAGGCCCUUGGGGCUUACAAAGCGCUUGUGCGCACGCGCGGGGAGGGAUAGCGCCCCAGGAGCCUGCGGAACUCCCUGCCACGGGAGGAAAGGUGGUAGCCGCCAAGCUAGAUGGCUUUUUUCUGUUUGCAGGAAGAAAAAGAAAGAUAAGGAGAAAAGCAAGAUCGUGGACCAGAUCGUGAGCAGCAAGAUGCAGGAGGAGGAGGAGGAGGAAAAGCGGGCCCUGGACAAGAGGACCCCAGCGCAGCUGGCCUACGAGAAGAUGCAGGAGAAGCGGGUGGGUGUUUGCCGGAAGCAGGCAAGGGGGGGCAGUUUGACCCAGAAGCAGGUGUUAUAAGAAAACUACUGCUCCCUUUCCCUUAUGGGGUACCCAAGAGCCCCUAUAGAGUUGGUAGGAGAAAAUAACAGAGGCCAAGCAGAGAAUAUUGAGAAGCAAAGCCGCUAGUAAGCCUGGUCAUUAUUGAACUGUUGCAACAGGGUCUUCACUCCCCACAUUCAGGGAGGGAGGAGAGGAACCCAGAACAAUGGUGCACAAGCCCCUAUAUAGACUUUUGAAAAUGCCUCCCCUGUAGCUCAAGACCACCCCCCAAAACAUCACGCAGACAUCACAGAAAGAGGUGGUCCCCAGCAGAAAUGGGAGUGUGUUGCUUCUCUCCUGUCUGCCAGGAGACCUGAUCAAUCAUGCCUUAUCAAUUGCCUUUUCCGGGUAGCCUGGCCAUUCCUUGGAGACGGUCAAUACUCAGUUCCUGAAUCUCUUACGCAUAUUGAGAGUGUGCUCAGCUGAACAGAUACUUACCAGACUGUAUUUGAAAAGUGAGGCAUAAGCCCCUACAGUCCAAAGGCAAUUGGAAAGCUUUCCCCAUUUCCUUCCUCCUUGCAGAGAAAUAUUUGAGGUCAAUUUGGGAGAGUCCAAAUGGCCUCAGGAUUGCUCUCCUGUACUAUUUCAGACACGUGGUUUAUAUACUUACGUGUGUGUUUGCCAGUGGCGUAGCGUUGGGGGUGCAGGGGGGGCCGGCCGCACCGGGCACAACAUCUGGGGGGGCGCGCUCGCCCUCACAGCUCUCUGCCCCUACCUGGCUCACUCACUCACUCUCACUGCAGACAAUACAUGUGCUUAGGGGGUAAGGGUUUCUUUAACUAAUCUAGUGGAAGAGACUCGAGUGCUAAAAUCCACGGGUUAGGGGGCGCAAAUCCACGGGUUAGGGGGCACAAAUUACUUGCCUUGCCCCGGGUGCUGACAACCCACGCUACGCCACUGGUGUUUGCCUUGUACAUUUGUGAACAUUUAUUUUACAUAUAUAAGACCUUAGAAUUCAUUUAACACAAGGGAGAUGGGCUGAGGAGGGACAAAAGUAACUGCUCCUCUUUUCCCCCCUGCCCUGCAGCAAAUCGAGAGGAUCCUGAAGAAAGCAUCCAAAACCCACAAGCAGAGAGUCGAGGUGAGUCGCUGCCCCAAGGGAGAGAUGCUGCCUUAAACAUGCUUGCUCUGACAAGAGUUUCUGGGGAAUGGUUUGCCUGCGCGAAGGGAAGGACAGGAGGAAUGGGCACGCAAAGAGGUGAGGGAUCCCGCAGCAGCAAGCAGAGAGGAAGGACUGCAAGGACUCUGCUGUGUAGGCAAAGAAGGUCUGUCUCUUUGUUAACACUUACUGCCCGGGUCCUUCGGCUGCAACGUGGAACCAGCGACCUUCUGCAUGCAAAGCAUGGCAUCCCUGACCUCCGAGCUCUGUGGCUUCCUCCAUGUACUGCUCAAAUAAUAAUAAUAAUUUCUUACUUAUACCCCGCCCAUCUGGCCAGGCCUCCCCAGCCAAUCUGGGCAGCUUUCAAUAGAAUAUUAAAAACACCAAUCAUUAAAAACUUCCCUAAACAGGGCUGCCUUCAGAUGUCUCCUAAAAGUAAGAUAGUUGUUUAUUUCCUUGACAUCUGCUGGGAGGGUGUUCCACAGGGUGGGCGCCACCACCGAGAAGGCCCUCUGCCUGGUUCCCUGUAACCUCACUUCUCACAUGGAGGGAACUGCUAGAAGGUCCUCGGAGCUGGACCUCGGUGUCCGGGCUGGACAAUGGGGGUGAAGGCUUGAAGAAGAGAGAGGUGGGGGUGUUAGGGGUUUUCCCCCGGGUUGUCACCACAAAUGUCAGGAGAGAGAAUUUCCCGGUCUCCCUCUUUGCCUCAGGGCGGCUGUGUGCCCUUCGUUAGAGAGGAAAGUUCUUCUGUUUGGCAGGCUGGGGCCUUGAAGUUAGCAUCUAGCCAGCAGACUGUUAAUUCUUUGCCCAUGGUCUUCCCAUCUGCGAUGCAUUUUGUAUAGAAGCAAUUUCUAACCUUGCACAUUUUGUGAAAAUCGGCGUCCUGGUUUUUUCCUGACGAAUCCCCUUCUUAUAGCCAGAUUUGGGCUGCAAGCGGGGCUCCAAAUUGCUGUCAAAUCUAACCAGUCUGCUUGCAGAGAAGGGCUCACCCACGCCACACGCAAGCCGGCCUCAGCGAUGUGCCCGGCAAACGAUGCUUUCUUGCCGUGGCCGGCUAACUGGAACGCGGGGCUAAUCUGCCUUCCGUUAGUAUUGAUCAGGCUUCCCUGAAGUAGGCAGGCAUAUAUAAUUAAACGUGGGUUUUUAAAUAUAUUCCAAGAUGAUUGAAGUCGCUUCAGUUGCCUUGAUUUUGCAUCUCUCUCUCCUUUCCCAUCCUAGGAUUUCAAUCGGCACCUGGACACCUUGACAGAACAUUACGACAUCCCAAAAGUCAGCUGGACCAAAUGAGCCAUUUUUGUUUUGCUUCUCCCCCACUCCCCAGGCUUGUCUCGUUUUGCUAAAAGGGCACAACUUGGCAAACAGGACAGUUUCUGGAUUGGAGACCUUGUUCGGCACAACCUUCUGUAACUGGUUCGAUUAAACUUGCGUUUUAAAAUAGAUUGAACAUCUGGAUCUUACAGCUUCAAGUAAAUGGCCGCUGUUCUUUACCUGCCGAAAAUCUCAAUUUUCCAUUAUAUUAUCACAUAUUUAAACACUGUAUCUGACUCUAGCUUAAAUAAAGGCAAAGGAGGCCAUAUACAAAACGUUUGAUCAGGAUUCUGUGACUAAACGGUUAAUGUGUUUUGCUUUAUUUACCGCCAGCUCAUCGGUUCUCCUUCUCCUGACUGCUGCCCUGCAUUUGAGGGCGUUUCCCCUUCCUCCUAGAACAUGACUAGUGACAGCUGCCAAGACAUAUAACGCCUAUUUGCAUCGUUUUCAUUAAACCAACAAUCAAAAUGCUUUACUUUUCCUCCUCUCGGCACUUGACUAGGAAAGCCCAGCACACGGGGACUCGUUAAACAUUUAAAAACCAAAACUGCUCCCGAAGAAAAUUAAAAAUACAGAAAAACAGCGUCUCUCUGUCCACAGAGGCGAACGAACGUAUUUUUGAGCAAAAGGCAAACGACUCCUUUUACACAAACCUAUCCUCGUUGCAGUUCUUAAACGUGAAAGUGACCCAAGUUUGGGCACAGCCAGCUUCAGGUGUGGCUAAGUCAACAUCAGCCUUGUCCUGAAACACACAAACUAGCUUGCAUGUUUGAAAAGGACAGAGGCUAAAGGAAACAGACACAGGAGCCCCUCAAUCCAUUUUAUAAAAAGUGUUAACACUUCAAAAAAAGAAAACAGAAGAAUGCACCAACUUUCUGGCUUCUGAUUUUAGUUCAAGGGCCCCCAUCCAUGUCUUUUCCUUCCUCCUGUUUCUCAGGCUCAGACAGCUGCCUCCAAAUCGAAGCCAGGUGUGGUUUUAUUCUUGUCUGAGCCUUCCGAAAGUCAAUAAGGGCCUUGUUGACACUAUUCAGUAAGUGGAACCGUGAAAAGCAGGACACAAAUCAGGGAUCCCUUUUCCCCCAGGGAGGCUGUGCUAGGCAGCAGCUACGGCAGCGUUUAUUUGCCUGAAGAUAGCCAGCAUUUGGGAAUCAUUUCUCAAGUCUCUCACACUUCCCACAGAAAAUACUUUCCAGCAGCAGCAAUGCCAACCCCACUGGGUGGGAACCACCUUCUGAUGCGAUCAGCAGAGCCUCUCCUCCCAUCUCCCCACCAAAACGCAUUUGCCGAUGACCUAGAAAGAGUCUGAAAUGCCAAAGAAGCAUUCCUCCGCUCGUUUUGCAGCUGAUCUGGCCGGCUGGAAGUCUUAAACUCGCCAGAGUUUCAAAAAAAACCAAGCAAGCGGUUUGUCAUUCCCCUGAACACCGCUGCUGCUCCCUGUCCGAUUCAGGGAAUGGAGCGCUUCUUAUUCCCAACCCCAACCUCCUGUGCCCUAUGGUACGAUUUCAGCACUAAAUCCAUAUUCAUUACAGUGCCAAAUUUACGUAUAAGCUAAACAAGCUCUAGCUUGGGGGCCCCAAAAAACCUGGAUGUACAUUUCCAAAAUAUAAGAUAGAAAACAAAAUUAAACCUACAUACAGCAACAGCGUUUUGUGUUGUGUAGGCUCCUAUGGUGUAAGUCAUGGACCCCGCCUGCUCCCUAAAAUAUCACUGGUUUGCUCCUUUCUAUAUAUAGGGUGCCGACAUUCUGCAUGGACUGGUUACAUGGCAAUAUGUGCAAAUGGCUUGCGAUACCUAUUGGGUCCAUCAAUGACCAUCUAGCAUAUAUUUAACACACAAAAACAGUGACAAUUUGUUGUCGACAAAGGACAGCUGGACAUAAAAGGGCCCCAUUGCCUUCAGUAGCUUAGGGCUUCAUCAAACCCACAUCCGGCCCCGAUUCAUUAUGUUAAGAAAUGCCCCACAAAGUGGAAAUGUGUAUAGGGGGGGAGAAAGGUUUUAUUAUUAGACUGAAAGCUUAAAAAUAAAAAAAAAGCUAUUGCCAUGUUAACAGGAUACAUAUCGAGGGAUUGGGUGGUUGAAUUCAUGUUGCCCGUUUCCCUUCCUUCCACCCUCCUUGCAAAAAAAUUAAUAAAUACAGAAGUGCAGAAGUUUCCCCGUCAGAGCACCCUAAGAUUGGCCAACGGGAAAUGCCUUCUGCUUUUUUUGGUCUGCUUCUCAAGAUGUUCAAGGAGAUGAAACACACACACAAAGAAAUAGUAUUUUGGCACAGCUCUGUAAACUAGGAAGCCAGUACGUCUAGCCUUCCUAUGGAAUGUGUAAGCUUCUAGUUUUACGAACUUUCUGUAAACGAGGAAGACUGCGAAAGAAAGCCGUCUUCCGGCGGAACGUUGCAGGCUUUCUGCAUAAACUUUGCGCUUCUGCAAGAGAGUUUUCUGCGGUCUUGCGAUUGCAGUAAGAAACGGCAGCUAAGAAAAUGACGCUAACUACCGCCAAUAGCUCCGUUUCCCUGUCACCUCAACUGGGCCCGUGCUCCCUGCUCGGUUUUGCACAAAACACGUGCGUUUCCAGUUAUCAAGAGAAGUUAGCACCUUCGGAGCAGCCCUGCGGGAAACGGAUGCCUUGGCGCACAGCUUUCCCGGUUUCGCAACGUUCUGCCGCAGAGGAUUACGAACAAACAAAAAAAACUACAUUCAGUUGGUGCCCAAAACCUCAAUGCUUAAAGGGGGAAAGAGGGAGGAUAAGAGAAGGUUGGCAUUUUGUGUGAUCUGAAAGGUGGGGAAGACGAGAGAGAGAAAGCAGGAGAAAAGAAGUGGAUUCAAAGAGGAAGCCGCUAUUUUUGGCAGGAUCCUCUUGGCUUCCCGAAGUCCGGGUGAUUUUUCCGGCGCGGAGUUAUAUGCUGCCGAGCUCGCUGAGGGUCUGAUCCAGCGUCCGGUGCAAAGUCAGGUUCUCUUCUUUCGCCUGGGCAACUUUUUCU